AAAUGGCGACUUCAGCAGACGCAAAGGAAAAAUCUAUCAAAGAAGAUUUUGCUGAUUUAUUGACUUGUUCUAUUUGUCUUGAAACAUUUAAACAGCCUAAGUAUUUACCGUGCUUGCACACCUUCUGUGAAACAUGUAUAAAUACUUAUAUUGUUUCAACCUUGAAGGAAGAAAAAUCAGAGGGAUUCAAAUGCCCGGUAUGUCGUCGCCUUGUGUGUUCUGGGAACAGUGCGGAAACACCAGACACGUGGGCUAGAAACUUACCUGGGAACCAUUUUGUGAGUUCAAUGAUUGAUAGAAGGGCUAUGCAGAAAGCAGAGAAACUUUGCGAUGCUUGUAGCAACGAAAACGUCUCACAAAAAGCUAUAUCAUGGUGCACUGUUUGCGAUGAAGCGUAUUGUGGUUCCUGUGAAGUCAGUCAUAAAAGAUUUAAAAUCUCACGGAACCACAACUUAGUAGCAAUUACAGAUAUAAAUGCGGAAAUAAAUGCUCCAUCUAUUUUUGCUUCUGUUGCUUGUGAUGAACAUCCAGACAAGACAAUAGAAAUAUACUGCAAGGAUCACUCCAAGCCAUGUUGUACCGUUUGUGCUACUGUACACCACAGAAAAUGUGAACACGUUGUAACUAUAGAUAAAGCUGUAACCGGUGUUAAGGAAUCAACAAAAGCAAAGGAACUUAUGAAAAAUUUGAAAGAAACAGUUGACAAAUUAGAUGCAGUAAUUAACACCCGUAAACAAAAUACGACAAAUUUCGAAGCAGAAAUAGAUGCUGUGUUAGUAGAAAUUGGGAAUGUUCGUGAAAAGUUAAACAAAAAACUAAUUGACCUCGAGAAAAGGAUAAAAGAAGAAGUAAACAGUACAAGAAAAAAAAACGUGCUAAGAUUAAGCGAAGAGUCUGCUGAAUUAUUAUCAUUGAAGAGUACUUUUAAUCAGUGGAAAAAUGUAUUUGGGGCUUGUCUAUCACAAGGGUCUGAUAUACAAUGCUUGGUCAAAAUGGAGGAGAUUUCGAGCAAACUGCCACAGUUUGAACAUGAUUUGUCUAAAGCUAUACAAGGGAUUAAGGACAUUCAUAUAAAGUUUGAAGCUACGGAUGUUAUUUCGGACACUGCUUGUUUCGGUCGCCUACAGUUUAAAGAACAAAAGCCGUCACUUCCUGGAUUAAAGACUGUAAACUUUCAAACUGGAAAGAUAAGAGUGUUGUUUAAAAUUGAGAUUAAAGGUAAUUUUGUCAGUGGAAUAUUCUUCAACGACGAUAUCAUUAUAACCGACUAUUCUAAGAGCAGAAUCGUUUACCACGACAACAACGGGAACCAAACGGGAGUAUUUAGCGUUCCGAACAAACCGACUGAUAUCACCAAGCUUGAAUCAGCUGAAGGAAAAGAUUUUCUGUAUGAUAAUAGUAAACUGUCCUAUUCAUAUAGUCAGGAAAUUGAUCAAGAUGGAAACGUAUACGCUUUAGGACAUAGUUCGAACAACAUCCAUCAGCUGACCCCUACUGGACAACUCAUCCGUAUCAUUCCUGUAUCAGAUAUCGACAAUACAAUUACAGGACAUCCUUGGGUGAUGCGCUUCAAACGAAAUACCAAUCGGUUUCUUUUAACAUUUCAUGGAUCAGCUAGUCCAGUGUUAGUGUGUGAAAUUGAAUAA